GGUGGGAAGAAGAUGGCGGAAAGUUUGAAAGGCUGUACAGUUCCUUGUAAGCUGUCUUUUGACCAGCUGCAGAUGCUGUGUCGGCAGGAGAAGAUAUCCUGCAAACAGCUGGGAGUGAGUAGGAAUAAUAUCAAUGUUUAUGAGGUGGAGUACCUGUGUGACUACAAGAGGAUGAAGGAGCAAGAGUUUUACUUGGUGAAGUGGAAAGACUACCCUGAAUCGGAGAACACAUGGGAGCCACGCAAGAACCUCAAGUGCGUGAAGCUGCUGCGGCAAUUUCAGCAGGACAUGGAGGCCGAGCUGCGUCGACGCAAGAAACGGCGCAGUGCCAAGCGGCUGGACACGAGCGUGACCUCAUACCUGGUGCAGAAGGCCAAGCAGCGGCAGAAACUGCAGCGUUGGGAGGCCCACCUCAAUAAGACACGCAACCACAAGGGGCGCAUCUUUGUCCUGAAUGAGGUGGACCUUGACGGCCCACCCAAGGACUUCACCUACAUCAACAACUACAAGGUGGGGGAGGGGAUUGUGAUUAACGAGGUGGCGGUGGGCUGUGAGUGUACAGACUGCCUGGGCUCCCCGAUGAAUGGGUGCUGUGCUGGCACAUCGCUCCACCGCUUCGCCUACAACAACCGCGGACAGGUGCGCCUGCGUGCCGGCCAGCCUAUUUAUGAGUGCAACUCUCGCUGCCGUUGCGGCCCCGACUGCCCCAACCGCGUGGUCCAAAAGGGUAUCCAGUACGACCUGUGCAUCUUCAAAACCAACAAUGGUCGCGGCUGGGGAGUGCGCACCAUGGAGCACAUCCGCAAGAACAGCUUCGUCAUGGAGUAUGUGGGGGAGAUCAUUACCACUGAAGAGGCAGAGAGACGGGGACACAUCUAUGACCGACAGGGUGCAACCUACCUGUUUGACUUGGACUAUGUGGAGGAUGUAUACACGGUGGAUGCUGCACACCAUGGGAACAUCUCCCACUUUGUCAACCACAGUUGCGACCCCAAUCUGCAGGUGUACAAUGUGUUUAUUGACAACCUAGAUGAGCGACUCCCAAGAAUUGCAUUCUUCUCCACACGACCCAUCAGACCUGGGGAAGAGCUCACCUUUGACUACAAAAUGCGGAUUGACCCGGUGGAUGCAGAGAGCACAAAGAUGGACUCCAAUUUCAUUCUGGCAGGGCUUACCGGGUCUCCCAAAAAGCGUAUUCGAGUGGAAUGCAAGUGUGGAAUGGACUCCUGUCGAAAAUAUCUGUUUUAGGGGGACGAUGACACUGGAAAUAA